AUGAGCUCUGCACCCGAGCCCUGUGCACUGCUCCCGCUCACUGUUUUUGACAGAGUCUUCGAGCGGACGACGUUUGUAACCGGGUGGUUGGUCGAGGGAACAGUCGACGCCGCUGCUAUCGACACUGCUCUGCGAGAAGUGACGGAUAAAUGGCGUAUGCUCGCCGGGCGCGUCCAGUCUAUUAGAGAGAACAAUGAAACCAAAUGGUUCAUUCGGGUGCCUCUCGGUCCUCUCCCAUCGGAUUACCCAACCUUUGCAUUAACAGAGACGACAUCUACCGUCCCUUUAUCGACCUACGUCACCACUCCGAUCCCUCAAGUCUCCAACUCGCUGCCGCCAGAGCUCUUCGUCCACCCGUCCACGCCCCGGCAAUACACGGCUUGGGAGCGGACCUCCCAUCCACUCACCUGUUGGCACCUCACCUACUUCCCUGCCUCUUUGAACGCGGAUGGAAAGGCAUAUACAGCCAUCGGCUUUGCUCGUUCGCAUGGAGUAUUUGACGGACUAGGAGCGGCUAUGGUAACCAAAGCCCUUGUUGCCGAGUUGAAGGGGGAGGAGUGGGCUAUCCCGAAAUUACCGGCAGAAGGACUUAACGCAAACCCGCUCGUGCAAAGGCUGGAAGAGGAGGUGAAGAAUACGAGUGAACUCCUGGAGUAUAAAGGCUAUUCAAUACUGGGGCUUGGAGGGUUCCUCAAACUCAUUGCAUGGCAAUUGAGGGAGAGGUUUUGGAGAGGCGCGGAUAGGCGGAUUGUACUGGUGCCGAAGAGUGCCUUUGAUGCCCUCAUUGGUGCAGUGAAGACAGCGCUGCAAGAGAGAAAUCAAGACCCAACGAGUGUCUCUUCUGGAGAUGUACUAGUGGCGUGGAUAUACAAAACCGUUUACUCUCUCGAGUCCUCAGAAUCAUUACGCGUUCAUUGCAGCAACGUCGCUGCAAUCCGCUCAUACUUGACGAACAACGACCCCGACAUCCUAGCCUAUCCUCACAACGCCUUCAUCCCAAUCCCUUAUCCUACACUCACAGCAGCCGAACUCCGCUCACUUCCCCUCCCCGACCUGACAAGCCAACUUGCCGACCACAGACGUUCCCUAUCCAAAGGCCACGUCCUCUCGGCCUACCAAAUGCUCAAGACGCCGACUAUCCUAUUCCCUAACCAUCCCGAAGCCGACGACGACCUGAUGAUCUCCAACGUCUCCGCUUCCCGGAUAUUACAAACCGACUGGACAUUAGCCGGCUCGAAGAAGACAGUGUGCGGCUACCGAUACCAGCUGACACCAACGAAAGUCGUGUUUACGAACGCGGUGUAUAUCGCGGGGAGGUUGGACGAUGGGACAGUGGUACUGGACGUUUCAUUGAAUAAGGCCAAGUUUGAUGUGUUUGUAAGAGAGGUGGAGAGGCUUUGUGCGGAGGGUUCUUGA